AUGAUGCAGCCUAAAAUUAUAUCAAGGGAAACCAUCAAACCCUCCUCUCCAACCCCACCUCACCUCAGAACUCACAGCCUCUCCUUUUUUGAUCAGUUCUCUUCUCGCAAUUAUGUACCACUUGUUUAUCUCUACCCCAAGUGUGGCUCUGAUAAAUCGGGUCAGCUUAAGAAUUCCCUAUCUAAAACUCUUUCUCGAUACUACCCAUUUUCUGGUAGAAACAGAGAUAGAGCUUUUGUUGACAGUAACGAUGAAGGAGUGGUGUUUUUAGAAGCUCGAGUCAAAUGUAUGCUAUCGGAGAUCCUCGAGAACCCAAGUGCUGAGACGCUAAACUUGUUAUUACCAGAUGAUUUUCUGCGGAAAGAUUCGAACUCGAGCAGCAUAGUGGCUAUUCAGAUAAGCUACUUUGACUGUGGAGAUGGAGAAUUAUCUCCUGAGUUCAACUUGGCUUCUAUGUUCCCACGAGGUGACCUAACAAUUAUGCCCGAAGUUGCUCCUAAAGUAGGAAACAGUUUCGCCAAAAGGUUUGUCUUUGAUGCCUCUAAGACAGCUGCCCUCAAGGCCAUAGUGGGUGACAAAGUGAAAAAUCCCACACUUGUUGAAGUUGUGACUGCACUUAUAUAUAAAUGUGCAAUUUCUGCAUCUAGAUCAACUUCUGGUUCCGCAAAACCAACCCUUUUACUCCUACCAGUUAACAUGCGUAAAAGGACGGAACCACCUUUGCCAGAAAAUACUAUGGGAAACGCGGCUUCCCUUUUUGCAGUAUCAACAAUGGAGGGGGAGAGUGAUAUAGAGUUGCAUGGUUUGGUGGGUCAAAUGAAAGAAAGCAUGGCACGAUUUUGCAACAGUUACGUGAGAAAGUUUAGGGGGGAAGAAUGGUUCUUAACCAUUAAAGAGUUUUGGAAAGAGUUAAGUAAAUUAUUCAUUGGUGGUAAUCAAGUUGUAUAUAUUAGUAGCAGUUGGUGUAGGUUCCCAUUUUAUGAAGCGGAUUUUGGGUGGGGAAAGCCAAUAUGGGUGACUACUGCUAGUCAUGUGCAAAAGGGUGUUAUCUUUAUGAUGCAUACAAGAAAUGGGGAUGGAAUUGAAGUAUUUGUCAAUUUGGAAGACGAAGACAUGGCUGUAUUUGAGCGUGAUGCAGAGCUUCUUGGAUAUGCCUCUUUUAAUCCGUGUGCUUUGGCACUGAUUUGA